CGUCACGCAACAAUGGGUUGGUUCCCCAAGCGGACCACUAACAUCGUUUGCGACCUCCUUACAAGUUGACUCUCUUUUUUCCUUUUUUUGGUCCUUUCGCAUCUUGAAUCCACCGAUUGCAGGAUAACUUUUAUUAAACCAUGCAAGCAAUCAAGUGUGUUGUUGUUGGAGACGGUGCCGUCGGUAAAACCUGUUUAUUGAUCUCAUAUACGACCAAUGCCUUUCCUGGAGAAUACAUUCCUACAGUUUUCGACAACUACUCGGCCAAUGUGAUGGUGGAUGGCAAACCUAUCAAUCUUGGUCUUUGGGAUACAGCGGGUCAAGAAGAUUAUGAUCGAUUGCGUCCUUUAUCAUACCCACAAACCGAUGUGUUUUUGAUUUGUUUCUCACUCGUCAGUCCACCUUCCUUUGAAAACGUGAAGACAAAGUGGUAUCCUGAAAUCAGCCAUCACGCACCAAAUACACCAAUGAUUUUGGUAGGCACGAAAUUGGAUUUACGCGAGGAUCCGGAAACCAUUGCGAAACUGCGUCAGAAGAAUAUGGCCCCGAUUUCAUAUUCACAAAGUCUACAAAUGGCCAAAGACAUCGGCGCAGUAAAAUAUUUGGAAUGUUCGGCUUUGACACAAAAAGGAUUGAAAAACGUGUUUGACGAAGCUAUUCGCGCCGUGCUCUGCCCAUCUCCGCCACCCAAAAGACAGAAGAAGUGCACGAUUUUGUAAGAACACAAAAUGAAUACAUUAUAAAAGAGAAAAAACCCACCAAAAAGAAGACAUACGGCUUCAUCCCACCUAUGAGAUUCUAGCUCUCGACCCUCUUUUUUUUCAUUCUCCCAUUUUUUUUAUUGUGAUAAUCUUCAAGAGAAAGUAAAGAAAACUCCUCAAAAACAGUCAAAGCGAAUUUGGUUUUGCCAGUGUUUUUACGAUUGGGCUUCUGGCCAGUAAUAACUUUUUAUUUAACGCUAUUGACUGUCAAGGGAACUAC